UUGCUAGAGAAGACACAAUGAAAGAAGAGAAGGACGACAACUUCAAGAUGAAAAACACUAUGAACAAAAAAACAUCACCAAAAAUAUGUGGGACCAACUAUCCACUCAGCAUUGCUUUCAUAGUUGUCAACGAGUUCUGUGAGAGAUUCUCUUAUUAUGGCAUGAAAGCUGUGCUCACACUUUACUUUAUCCGUUACCUGCACUGGAACAAGAACCUUUCCACUGCUGUGUACCAUGCAUUCUCUGGCCUGUGCUACUUUACUCCAGUAUUAGGAGCCAUCAUAGCUGAUUCUUGGCUGGGGAAGUUUUCAACCAUUAUCUAUCUGUCUAUUGUGUAUGUCAUUGGACAUGUAAUAAAGUCUGUUGGGGCCAUACCAGAUGUGGGGGACAGCACUGUACACAUAGUUCUGUCCAUGCUUGGCCUGAUCUUUAUCGCUUUCGGGACUGGAGGAAUUAAACCUUGUGUUUCUGCUUUUGGUGGAGACCAGUUUGACGAGGAGCAUACUGAAGAGAGAAGAACGUUCUUCUCGAUCUUCUACAUGUCAAUCAAUGCUGGGAGUGUGCUUUCAACCAUCAUUACACCUAUACUCAGAGGUGAUGUUCAGUGUUUUGGAGGUGAUUGCUAUGCACUGGCAUUUGGGGUCCCUGCAGCUUUAAUGGUUGUUGCUCUGGUUGUUUUCAUUGCUGGCAGUGGGCUGUAUAAAAAGCAUCCACCUGAGGGAAAUGUCCUGCUGAAUGUCUGCAAGUGCAUUGGGUGUGCCAUUAGCAGUCGAUGGAGGCGGACUAAGAACAGCCCAAAACGGGAACACUGGCUAGACUGGGCAGAGGAGAAGUAUUCAAAACGCCUUAUACAGGAAAUUAAAAUGGUGCUGAGAGUCCUUGUUCUUUACAUCCCACUGCCCAUGUUUUGGGCUCUCUUUGAUCAACAGGGGUCUCGUUGGACUCUGCAAGCAACUCGAAUGAACAUGGACUUUGGUGGAGCUUUCGUAAUAAAGCCGGAUCAAAUGCAGAUGCUGAAUGCUUUGCUGAUUCUGGUCUUUAUCCCUAUCUUUGACAUGGGUGUGUACCCACUCAUCAAACUUUGUCAGAUCAGACUCACGCCUUUAAGAAAGAUGGCUACAGGAAUGAUUCUGGCUGCACUUGCGUUCUGUGCUGCAACUAUAGUGGAAGUCAAUGUCAUUAAAACGGUUGUGGAACCUUCACCAGCUAAAGAGAGUCUGCUGCAAGUCCUAAAUCUUGUUAAAGGAGAUGCCGUCUCUGUAGAAUUUCCACGACACAAUCUUUUCCCCCAGCCAAUACAAUCAUAUGAGGAUCCACCAGGAUACACCAAACUACCUCUUGAUGAUGUCUACGAAGUAUUUACUGUCAGUGUCACUCAAAGCGGAGUGAAUCACAAAUGUGAUCUUAACUUCACUCAGCACAAUGCCUAUAGUCUUAUCCUAUAUCCUAGUGAAGGCUCUGGAAUUGAUUGCAAACUGGUAGAAGAUCAUAUCACCAAAUCUGAUAAUGGAGAUGCCUUUCUCAGAUUCAUCAAUACUUACUCGGAUAGCAUGAACAUCACCGUAGGCAGUGAAGAUUUUGAUGUCCCAGACUCAUAUGGCAUUUCUUCAAGCUCAAGUGUUGAAAGAGGACAAUACAUGCAAGUUAACUGCAAAUCAGACUUUAAGACAUACAAAAUCGAUCUAGGGCUUCUUGACUUUGGUGCUGCCUACACAUUCAUAAUUGAAGGGGACACAGAAAAUCUGUCACUUGUAAAGAUAGAGGACGUCCAAGCCAAUAACAUCCACAUUGCCUGGCAGAUCCCACAGUACGUCCUGAUCACUGCAGGAGAGGUCAUGUUCUCAAUCACCGGUCUGGAAUUUUCGUACUCGCAGGCCCCAGCAAGUAUGAAGUCUGUGCUGCAGGCAGGAUGGCUCCUCACCGUGGCUUUUGGAAAUGUCAUUGUGCUAAUUGUGGCGGAGGGAGCUGGAUUGGAGCAGUGGACAGAGUUCCUCCUUUUUGCUGCUCUGCUGGUGGCAGUUAGUGUCAUCUUCUCAAUCAUGGCCUAUUUCUACACCUACGUAAACCCUGACCAACAUUUCAGUGAGGAUGGGAAGGACGGCAAAGGAAACAUGGACGAGUCAAGGGAGAAAAAGAAAGAGGUCAUGUCCAUGAACGAAAUGCCAAAGAGCACCAAGAUGUAACAAAACCACUUGGCAAUUCUGAUGUUCAGUUCUAGAUUCUUACAAAUACAUAAUCUAACUUAAGCUGAUCAUAA